AUGAGGAUAAGACUUCCCUUUGCCGCCGCAGAGCUGUCGAGAAGCAACCUCGCUGAUAUCGUGUUCUUCCCAGGAGUCUUCUUUCUCCUGCUCCUCCUCGCCGGCUAUGCGGGCCUCACCUCGCUACAGCUCGACCUCUACGUGAACGACAAGGUGCUACAUCUCCUGACGUUCUUCGCACUGACCGUCGUCUUCUACUGGAUCCUCGACACCAACCGCCGGCGCACCCUCAACCUGACUCUAGUCGUCUGCACACUCAUCCUCGGCGUCGGCUCCGAGUUUCUGCAGGGCUUCCUGCCCAACGGCCGCGACUUUGACCUCUUUGACAUCAUCGCCAAUGUCGUCGGCAGUCUCGGCGGCCUGGGCCUGUGCAGCUGGUACCACACCCGCAUGCUGGAGCGCAAGCGUGUCCGCAGGAACUACCAGGCGGUCCCCGGUGAGGAAGGCACCGAGGAUCUAGAGCUCGGCGAGGGCGUCGGACCGCAGGAGUCCGGCAUCACGGAAGCGUCGGGUGCCGCGGAUGGCGGCAGGUCGCUGGAGGAGGAAGUUGACAACUGGGAUGAGAAUGCGAUCGAUGCCUGGGAUGAGGCAGAUGUAGGCGACGAGGUCACAGCGCCUAGUGCCGGCAAGGGCAAAGAGGCCGAGCCGAAUGGUGAUCACGCAGAGCCCAAGAAGCGGACCGAUUAG